CCAAACACAACGGGGUACCUAGUCAGCAUUCCCGAAACCUAGGAUGCCCGACCGAGCGGUCGGCUUUUCCAAAGACGGGUCUGAGGAUCAAGGCUGGAAGCUGUACAUCACCUCGCUAGUCACCAUCCUAGUCGCCGGCCUGUUUGUGAUUGCAAGGUUAGUCACAAGGCUGGUGAGGCGAAACCCUGGAUGGGAUGAUGUCUCCAUAGUCGUCUCUCUGUCUUUCUCAAUUGUUCUAUCCAUAGCAAUCCAGUUGGCUGUAAGCCAUGGCUAUGGCAUGCACAAGGCCGACCUUACUCAGGCGGAGCUAGAGGCGGCUCUGAAGUGGUAUUUCAUCGCUCUCACGCCCUACAAGGUGACGGUAUGCCUCAACAAGGUCUCGGUCAUACUACUGUGCCUGCGGAUCUUUGUAUCCAAGUCAUUCCGCACUACCGCCUUCACCCUUUUAUUCAUCAUUGUCGGGUACAGCAUCGGCAGCAUCGCCGCCACCGUCUUCCAGUGUACACCGAUCCAAGGAGCAUGGCUCCCGGACUCGGGCGCAACUUGCAUCGACCCGGACAAGUUCUGGGUUGCGUAUGCUGUUUUAAACAUAACAACCGAUGUCAUGGUUUUGGUGUUACCAGUUUGGCCCAUCCUGAACCUGCAACUGGGUCUGCGGGAUCGUCUGCUGCUCUGCGGAGUCUUCGUCGUGGCCGCCUUCGUCACGAUCGCCGCCAUCCUCCGCACCACCUCAGUGCCAAACUCCCCGGAGAACCGAGAAGACCCAACCUACUAUUUCGUUAACCGCGGCGUCUGGACCCUCCUCGAAGCCAACCUCGGCAUCAUCAGCGCCUGCCUGCCCAUCCUCAAGCACCCGCUCACCCGCCUCUUCCCUCGCCUCUUCGGCACCACGAACACCGACACCAACACAAACACCACCGCCAACGCCACUACGGCGCCGAACACCAACCCCGAUCGCCACCCUAACAGCAGCAUCGGUGACUACUGGCCCACCACCGCCCCAACCCACCGGCCUUCCCCAAACCCACGCUUCUGGCGCCAUUCCCUGUCGAAGCACUCCCCGUCAAAGCACGAGCGGGCCGUGUCUGGCGGGGCGGGGCCGCGUAGGAGCGAUGAGCAUCACAUUGUGGGAGGGUCGCUCAAGGGCGGCAGCAACGACACCAUUGAGCUGGAGGACCGGUUGGGGUCGAGAUUGGGGAGGAGGUGGUCUUCAGAGUCGUUUCGUGGGGAGGGGAGGGAGGUGGGUUGA